AUGGGCAGCACUUGCACCCGUCAGGGAACUAUGGACCAACUGACGGACCAUGAUCUUCGUGCCCAUCUGCUUGACUCGACAGUUCUUCCAGCGCUCUGUUACGCAGCGGAGACGUGGGCAGACGCCGCUGCCACGUCUAGGAAGCUACUUGCUACCCACAGAGCCCUUGAGAGAUGCCUUCUGAAGUUUAACCGGCACACAUAA